AUGGAACUUUUAAAAUUAUCAGACGAAGCCCUUAUCAACGAACUUCAUAGACGUUUCAAGUGCCGUCACAUUAAGGAUUCAAAGAGAUUAGUAUUUAUUGGUGCUCCUGGUGCUGGUAAAGGUACUCACUCAUACAAAUUGUAAAAUACCUUCUGCUUAUGCUAAAUUUCUACUGGUGAUUUGUUAAGAAACGAAAUUCGUACCGGAACUCAAUUGGGUAAGUAAGCUAAGACUAUUAUGGAAAAGGGUGGCUUAGUCCCUGAUGAGAUAGUCAUUAACAUGGUCAAGAACAGUUUGAUGAAGCCUGAUUGUGCUAAGGGUGCUAUUUUAGAUGGUUUCCCCAGAACUAUUUAAUAAGCUUAAAAAUUCGAUGAAAUCUUGAAGAACGAAGGUUUAAGUCUCUUCAAGGCUAUCUACUUCAAGGUAGAAGACGAUGUCAUCUUGGAAAGAUUAGGUGGCAGACUAGUUCACUUACCUUCUGGUAGAUCUUAUCAUACUAAAUACAAUCCUCCAAAAAUUCCUGGAAAGGAUGAUAUUACUGGUGAAGAUUUAUCUCAAAGACCUGAUGAUGUUCCUCAAACAAUCAAGACCAGAUUAGAAAACUUCCACUCUCAAACUAAGCCUAUGUUGGACUACUAUGAGAAGCAAGGUUUAUUAGCCACUAUUAAUGCUCAAGCUUCUAUUACAAAUGUUUGGAGACAAAUAAAGGAUGUCUUUAAAAGUGGAAAACAAACCAGCGAAUGA